AUCAUCUUUCUCCAAUUCCAUAACAUACUCAUCAGUUUUUGGCAGUUGUGUCUUGGCUUUUUGGUCACCUACGACUCUGCAUCUGGACUACUUUUCCCUUUCGCACUGCAUGAAGUUAGAAUUCCUGCUCUUUGUCAAUAGCUGUCCAUAUUUAUACUAAACUGCCUUAGUUCUGCUCCAUCUGAUCCUCUAUUUGCUUUAGUUCAAUCAUAAUUCAGUUCAUAACAGUCACAAAUGGCAGCAAAUGAUGUGCCGUGUUGUGAGACCAUGUUUUGGGUUUAUCUACUCAUAUCUGUGGUCCUGGUAGCUUUUGCCGGUCUCAUGUCAGGUCUUACUCUGGGACUCAUGUCUCUCAGCCUUGUCGAUCUUGAGGUCCUUACCAAGGCCGGUCAGCCCCAAGACAGGAAGAAUGCGGAGAAGAUUCUCCCCAUUGUUAAGAAUCAACACUUGCUUCUAUGUACCCUCCUCAUAUGCAAUGCCAUGGCAAUGGAGGCACUGCCCAUUUUCCUUGAUGCACUUCUACCAGCAUGGGGCGCUAUAUUGAUAUCAGUGUCCCUCAUACUUGCAUUUGGUGAGAUUAUCCCUCAGGCUGUGUGUUCUCGGUAUGGACUUGGUGUUGGUGCCAAAUUGUCAGUAGUUGUUCAGCUGCUUGUCAUAGUUGUCUUCCCAAUAGCAUACCCAAUUAGUAAGUUGUUGGAUGGGCUCCUUGGAAAGGGGCAUUCUGCACUUAUGAGACGGGCAGAACUAAAGAUAUUGGUGGACAUGCAUGGAAAUGAGGCAGGGAAAGGUGGAGAGUUAACACAUCAUGAAACUACCAUUAUCUCUGGAGCUUUGGAUUUAACACAGAAGACUGCUAAAGAUGCUAUGACACCUUUAUCUGAAAUAUUUUCUCUUGAUUUGAAUUCUAAACUAGACGAGGAUACAGUGAGCUUGAUAAUGAGCAAAGGGCACAGUCGCAUACCUGUCUAUUCAGGAAGCCCAUCAAAUAUUAUAGGCCUUAUUUUGGUAAAAAAUUUAAUCAAAUGUCGUGCUGAAGACGAAAAACCAAUCAGCAUUCUUACCAUCAGGAGAAUUCCUAGGGUGGGGGACAGUUUACCACUGUAUGAUAUACUGAACCAAUUCCAAAAAGGGCACAGUCACAUGGCUGCUGUUGUGAAGAGCAAGCACAAUGUUAAGGACUCUGUAGGAAAUGCAACAGACAAAAAUGACAUGAUCACAAUAAACGUCAAUUCAAACUCAUCAAUAUUACAAAAACAAGUAGAGGGAAAAGAUCAUUUAGAAAAGCUUACAGAUGCAAAUAAAACAAAGGAAGUUUUGGAAUCAAUUCCAGAUCAAGACGAAGAAGUCAUUGGUAUCAUUACUAUGGAAGAUGUUUUAGAGGAACUCUUACAGGAAGAAAUACUGGAUGAAACUGAUGAAUAUGUUGAUGUUCACAAUAAAAUUAAAAUAAACAUGCUUCCUUCAAGGAAGUCACAAUCAAGAUCUCCAGGAGCACCUUCUCAUAGAGCAUGGCGAACGCCGAUGGCAACUCCACUAUCUUCAGGUCUCAAGGAAAACAUAUGAGAAGCUAAGAAAACCUGGUGAUUCGUAGAGUUCCCACUUUUGCCUGACAUGAUGGCCAUUGGAGAUUUUUGGCAUGCAAGCGUCACUUGUAUUGUAUGAUAUUGGAAUUCAAAGUUCCAAAAAAAAUAAAAUAAAAUAAAAUUCUCGUAUUAGAUAUUAUAUUGUUGAUAAAACACCAUAUAAUUAGUGUUGGAUUAUGACAACUUUUUAAUUGUGAAAUACUCUUAUAACAUAAACUUCUACUAUUUGUGA